UUCGUUUCUAGUGAUAUAAUUAUAAGUGCAAUGUAUAUACAUUAAAUCUAUGUGCAAUUAAAAUCUUUCAUCAUGUAGCGUAUAGGAGAAAUUUAUUUGCCUAAAAUCUGCGUUAUUGAUCUUUGGCUUACUAAUCAAAAGUGAUCGACUUCUUUCUUGUAGUUUUGUAGUAGUUUUUAGAUCAUUUGUUAAUAAUGGAAAUUGUGGGUGAUUUCGAGUAUAACAGCAAGGAUUUAAUAGGACAUGGAGCCUUCGCUGUGGUCUUUAAAGGAAGGCAUAGAAAGAAGACGCAUCUUGUGGUGGCAAUUAAAAGCAUAACAAAAAAGUCUUUGGCCAAAUCUCAAAAUUUGUUAGGAAAGGAAAUCAAGAUUCUCAAGGAACUUACUGAAUUGCACCACGAAAACGUAGUCGCCCUCCUGGACUGCAAAGAAUCUGCUCACAAUGUAUAUCUCGUAAUGGAGUACUGCAAUGGGGGUGAUCUAGCUGACUAUCUCAGUGCUAAAGGCACCUUAAGCGAAGAUACAAUUAGACUUUUUCUUUGCCAAUUAGCGGGCGCGAUGCGAGCUCUGCAUGCCAAAGGCAUCGUACAUCGUGACCUGAAGCCGCAGAAUAUCCUACUGGCACAUACCGGCAGCCGCGGGCGCACCAGGCCCGAAAACAUCACACUCAAAAUUGCCGACUUCGGUUUCGCACGUUUUCUUCAAGAUGGUGUUAUGGCAGCUACUCUUUGCGGUUCCCCGAUGUAUAUGGCCCCAGAAGUGAUCAUGUCCUUACAAUAUGAUGCCAAAGCAGAUUUGUGGAGCUUGGGAACAAUCGUUUUUCAGUGCUUGACCGGCAAAGCACCGUUUCAGGCACAUACACCGCAAGAACUCAAAAUGUUUUAUGAGAAGAAUGCCAAUCUUUCACCCAAGAUUCCCGUUGGCACUAGUCCCGAAUUAAGUGAUUUGUUGCGAAGCCUAUUAAGACGCAAUGCCUGUGAUAGAAUUUCGUUUGACACUUUUUUCUCGCACAGUUUCUUGCAAAGGCCUGAGCCACAAACUGAUCUUCCAGGAGAACUACCUGCACCAUUAGGCACUUUGUGUACACCGCCGAGCGCCACAAUUCCUAUACCGAUCAAAGUUUCGCCUUUGAUUCAGGAUCAACUCAAAAAUGAUAAUAGUGACAAUUCACCAACUGAUUCUCGCAACAGUCAGGCAGAAAGUGGUUCCAGCAGCCCAGAAGAAACUGAUGAUUUUGUUUUGGUUCCCAAAAAUUUACCCAGCACCGAUGCCCAAAUCGAUUAUUCGGAUAGAGUGCGAUAUAGAAUGGUGGAACCAAAUAUCGUCAGUGGAAGUCCACCGCGACCAAGUUCGUUACCUAUUUCGGAACCAAGACCUGUGCCGAGUGCUACUAACAGAAUGACUUGCCCCAGGAAUAUAAAUCAAGUACAAGAUACCAAUACCGUAAUUAGUGCAAUUCCAAGAUCUCAGCCAAUCACAAUGAAACGUUCUGAACAUCGUUCUAGUCAACCUGAUAUUAGUUCUAUAUCACCCCCAUCGGUGCAAUUUGUGAUUGGCACACCUCCUGGUGGCGGUCGAAGGCGAUCGACUUCUGGUGGUGCGUUGUCGGAAACGCCACCGCCGACCAAUACCUGGCAGGUGACACCUCCAGGAAGCACGGUACACUGGCAAAUGUCGCCCAAGAUGCCACACCAUCCCACCAAUACUUCUCCAUUGCGUAGGUCAGGAACAAGCUCUCCAAUAUUGAGCGCUUUACCAAAGAUGUCAGCCCUGGGUAGCCCAGGACUGGACAAUAAUAAUCCACCGCGUUUCGGCAUGGGUCCUAGGGCCAUUACUCUGCCAGAAACUAUGCAGGCUGCUGCACAAUGUACUCCUAGUAUCCUGGACAUUGCAAACCAAGAACCAAUAACAUUCCUUGCACCAGAAUUACCAGAAGAGACUUUAUUGGAGAGGGAACACAAUGAGACUCUUGCCAAAUUGAACUUUGUCUUGGCACUAAGCGAUUGUGUAUUAGAACUCGCUGCUACUCGUGGAGCACCGUUAUCAUCGCUAUUGGAGCCGUCUCAUGUCUCUGGGAGUAAUCGGUCACAGCCCGCUGGGGGCAAUCGCACUGCCAUUGAGGCUCGGCGUUGGGUUGUCGACGAGGCUGGCACUGUCGGCAAUUCACAACGGGCGGAACAGCUGGUGCUUUUAAUAAGAGCGUUACAUCUGCUAAGUUCUGGACUCAACUUGGCUACAAAGCAGUUGAAAGACGGUCAGUUACAACCGUCUGCUACUGUUAAAAACGUUUUAUCUGUGAUGAACAAUAAGUAUAAAUCUACACUAGCUGAGUCUAAAAGGCUGAAUAACAGUGGUUUAUUACAAAAAGCUUCAACAACCAACAUUACAGCUGAUAAGAUUCUCUACAAUCAUGCUAUUGAAAUGUGUCAGUCAGCCGCUUUAGAUGAACUUUUUGGAAACCCAGAAGAGUGCUUCCAGCGUUAUCAAACAGCUCAAAUUUUACUGCAUAGUCUCUCACAACAUGUUAGUCAUCAGCAAGACCGAAUUCUGUUGACAAAAUAUAAAGAUGCGGUUGAAAAACGUUUAUACAUUCUACAACAAAAAGGGUACAUUUAUGCAACUGAAGAUCUCACAUAAAUAUUUAAGUUGUAAAAAUAAGGCUUACUAGAAUUCAAUUUAAUUUUAUAUUUUACCGAUU